AUGGAAAUGGCACGAUCAAAGUCAAUCAUUCGACAAGAGUCCGGCCCAACCCCGCUUGAUUCUCCGUGUUCAUCGAUUCGAUCAAGAACCUCUUCAUGUUCUCGAUCACCCGCUCAAUCCACCGGAAAUCAGGCAAAGUUGAUCACGGUUGAGUCGAUCUCUCCACCGGAUCGAAAUGUGAGCUCUUUUAUGCGACGUCGCCUCUCGCAGCCACACUCACAAUCACUCGAUUCAGCGCUCGUUUGCCGUUCCGAAGCCUAUCGCAUCCUCGAGUUUUUGCACUGUGGCAGCGAAGAGAUGGGCUCAAAUCUCGAAUAUCUCUGCAAAAAUCGGAUUCGAUACAUUGUGAAUCUCACCGGAGUCGAGCGACGAAAAAUCGUUGCGGGAGCGGAUUGUUUGUGUGGUCAAAAGGCCUUUCACUCACCCACCGAGAUCACCAUUUCUGUUGACGAUUUCACAACGUCUGAAACAAUUUGCUCAAACUUUCCCACUGUGAACAAGUUCAUUGCCGAAGCGAGGACGAAAGGAGCUCAUGUGUUAUUAUAUUCAAAAGAUGGUCGAAAUGGAUGUCAAGCAAUGGCUCUUCAAUAUAUAAUGUUUUAUCAUAAAAUGUCACUCGACUACGCUUUGAGAUAUUUUCGAACAGUAUAUCCCGAUGGAGUUAUUCUCAGCAAGAAUUUCGAGGCCUCUUUACGACUCUGGGAGAAUAAAUUGGAGCAAACGGUAAUUGAAACAACGGAAAAACGGGAAAUUCACUCGGCGAAUCUCCGGCGACAAAAUUGGGCGAGUGUGAGGGAGGGAAGAGGCGGAAGGCCGAUGAGCGUUGAUGCCACAUCGGUUAGAUUGGCAUGGCAA